AAACCAAGAUUGCCGAUGUCUGUCGCAGAUCUGGCAAUGAAUGAUGAUGAUUACCAAGAAGUGCCCAAUCUCUAAAGAGUAUUCAAUCAUAAUGUAUUAAAAUGUAUUCAUGUUUUAUGUAUUGAUUACAGGAAAUAUAAUACCAUUAUCCUCCAAUUCCGACUACCAUGAUACGUUUAACCAUUAUGUCUUUCCCAAGUACGACCUUUGGGACAGAAAACGUGAAGUUAUUUUCACCUUUAGGGGUGUUAUUUUUGAAAUUGUUGAAAGAGGUUGCUUGUGUCCUGCAUAGAAUUCUUUCUUUCUGUGCGAGCAUGUAUGACUUUUCGAUUAUUAAAAUAUUAUGUUUUUAACAAUAAUGUACAUUACGAAAGCCAGUUUUUAACACUUUUUUGGUUUUGCAUUUCCCCAACCUUCUGCAAUACGAAUUGUAUUUAUUAUAUUUUUUAGUACCCCGAGUACAAUGUGUGCAUAUUUAUAAACCAGAAGGAUUUCGUAUUUUCCAGAUAUCUCUGUUUGGGUGUUCGCUUCUCUUUGUGGCUGUUCACUCCAUACCUCCACCACCGGUGAACAUUUGGUGUGAUGAAAAAAAAGACGAGUGUAACGGCCAGCAGGAAUGCCGGGUUGUAAAACACUGUGAUGAUGCCAGCUGUCCUAUGGCUGCUAUGUGCCUAUGGAAAAACGACAUUGACAUUGCACUAGACAAUGUAUGUACACGCAACGGCUACCUUGAGGCUCUGCUGACAGCCAUAUCCCCGCAUAUGGACGCAUUCAAGCAUUGGACGUGCAGACCCGGCGAAAUGGAUUGCCCACCUGGCUCAGCGUGUGUGAAUGAUGGAAACAAUGGAGGAACUUGCUGUACGGGGAAACCUGAUUUUUCAAAGCCUGGAUUGUGUCCCAUGAAUGAUGGGAUUAUGUGUGCUGGACAAGAAUGCACCUCUGACGCAGAAUGUGCCGGGGACGAAAAGUGUUGUAAGGGGUGUGGCUUAAGGUGCGUCAAACCAGUGCAAGUGACGAGAUGUGACAAGGAGUGUCCAAAAGGAGAAACCUGUCUCAUGAAAACACCUGAUUGCCAACCCGGAAUGGUGUGUAUCCAAGCCUUUGUACCAACAUGUGUGCCAAUCGCAUGCGAGGCUUGCAGACCUCACCAGGAGUGCCGUAAAGUUAAAAGACAAGGACCCUGCUAUGAUGGACCAGAAAUAUGCGACAAACCAAGGAUUUUUUGCGCCAUGGGGAGCCAAGACGAGUGUACCGAAGACGCACACUGUGGACAGGGCCAACAGUGCCAUAAACUUCAAGUCUGUGCCUCUGCCAUACAAGCACCAAUACCAAUACAUGAAGUUGUACAAUCGAGGAAAAAGCGCGCCGUAUACAGCGAUCUGUCUGAUCCCUUCUGUGCUUCAAGAAACCGCUGUGGGCCCGACUCCUGCGGGGGCUGCCCAAAGGGAAAGAUUUGUAAACGAACAGACAUAGUAUGUGUGAAACAUCCCUGUGACAAUCACGAGUGUGUGGAUGAUAAUGAGUGCGGAGGAUGUUUAAAUGGUCAAGUUUGCGAAGUUUUCUACCCCCCUUGCCCUCCACCUGUUGACUGUGAGGCACUCCGGAGGGAGGAUCCUGAGGCAUACUGCCCCGAAAGCAAAUGUGAGCCCAUCGCCACCUGCGUUUUCCCAAUAACCUGUGCCAACGUCCGUUGUGGAACGGGCACGACAUGUGAGAUGGUCAAGCCUCCCUGCCAUUAUGGACAGUCUUGUGAACCGGCACGACCUGAAUGUGUAUCUGCCUGCAGUAAGGAAUGUCGCCAAGGUUUCCAGUGCGAGAGUCUCCAACCUCCUUGCCCGUUACCAGCCGUGUGCCUGGAAAGUGAAUCCCAAGACUGUGUUUCACCUACGUGUCCCAGCUUAGAAAGAUGUGCUGACGUCAGACCAAACUCCUGCAAUGACCUGCAGUGUCCUGGCGGGACGGAAUGCAAAAUGAUCACAGACACUUGCGGUCGUGGUAAGCUCUGUCGUAAGAUGGCCAAGGCGGAGUGUGUUCCUGUUUGCAAUAAGAAAUGUGGACGCCGCCGCGAAUGUAAACUCACCUCGAAAUGCCCAUCUGAUGGUAGUGAAUGUAAGCACAGAAAGAAGUGUGUGCGUAAACAGGGUUGUCCAAAAUGUAAGCCCGGCAGGGAAUGUGCCUUGCGCAAACGAUGCCGAAAGUGCAGGAAACGUCAUGUCUGCGUGCUCAGCAAUGCAACGUGUCCUCGUGUGCCAAAAAGGAAGCCUAACAAACGAGCUUGCAAGAGAGAGAAAAGGCGAUCCCGCCCGUGUGCCACGGACAGCCAAUGUAGAAAAAAACAGAAAUGCUGUAUGUCAAAGUGUGGUCGCAAGAUCUGUAGAAGAGCAAGGAAGCCUAUAGCUUUUCCAUAAAAGGUAUUGCAGACUAAACACUUUGUGGGGCAUUGGUUUAAGAUUUUACUUCAUAGAUAUAAAACCAGUCGAUCCCAACCAAAAUUAACUACAAAGCCAUGUUUGGGAAAUAGUUUUCAGAAAUAAACUUGGUCUAUUGCAUGCUAAUAAAAAAGUCUUGAAUAGCG